AUGAUGAUGCGACCCGUUGUGUGUUUGCUGGUAUUCCUGCUGAGUGUUGCCUCUCUCUGCAUGGAAGCUAACGCGUUUACGAACGAACCUGGAGAGAUAAAGAAUUUGUCGGACUGUUCUUCUGAUACUUCUGAAGGUCAUUGUCCUCCUAAAGGUGAUGGUAAUGUCUUUACAGCUCUCUUGUAUGAUAGGGCUGGAUCUGGCUCAUCCUCUGAUGGAAGUUCUUCCUCUGGUUCCAGCAGUGGGCCUUCUGCGAGAGAAGCUCAGGGUGGGCACCAAGCACCAGUUCUGCCGACACAGGAAGUGACUCAUACACAACACACACACUCUACUAAUCUAGAAACAUCUCCAUUACAAGAACAAGUUGAUGAGAGAAGUAGGGAUCAUGAAGGAGUAAAACAACCUGAUGCCGAUCUUUCCGACCAAGUCCCUGAUACGGAGAGUGAGACAAAGAUUCUUCUUCAAGGUACUCCUGUCGCCCUAGAAGAAACUCCUCAUUGCACUAAUGGUACUGUACUUUCUGAUGAUCGUAAGUCAUGUGUGACAAAACCUGAAGUUCCUCCUGCUAAAGUACCUGAGGUACCACAAGUGGUGGUGAAUGCAGAACAAAACGCAACACGUCCGGAAGAAGGUUCUCUACGUGAGCAAACACUACCCACCACCAUAUCGCCUACUUCAACUAGAGUGACAACAGAAAACGGUGCCCCAGAAUCAGGUGCAAAAUCAAGUGAUUCUGCUCAAGACGCUGCUACAAUUAAUUCUUCUCUCAACACAGAAAAUCAAGUAACAGAAGGGAGUACAUCAACAACUGAUAAUGAUACACUUGGUGUCUCAACUGAGUCUCCGGACAGCACCAACCAAUCUCAAGUUUCAGGUACGAGUGCACCUAAUUCUACUUCUGGCACAGACUCACACGAAACCAAUUCGACUACUCUGCCUAACACCGACAACACUACCACAGAAGCUCCAACCACUACUCCAUCUCCUGUUCCUGUACCCAACGCAGAUAUCAACAAUAUCGCUUCCACCGCACAGAAGAAGGCUAAUGUUGACAGCAGUAUCAGUCCUGUGUGGAUGCGCACUGCAGCACCUCUGUUGAUUGUGGCUGUGUUGGUCUUCGCUACCGUGUACUGA